ACAACAACAACAACAACAACAACAACAACAACAACAGUAAUAAUAAUAACAGCAACAAUAACAGUAUGCCACAAGCACUUCAUAGUAACAGUAGCAUGAAUCAUCCACCGUCCAUAGUAGGUAGUUUACCAUCUAUUAUACCACACAUUAUAGAAGAUGAUGAGGAUAAAGGAUCUCGCUCCAAUGCAGCAGAGUUUGGUGAUGACGGAACUCGUUCUGCCGCAGCUGAUUUCGACGACCACAGUAGUGUGACAUCGGAUUCCGUCCAUGAGGAUUCUCUUCACCACGGCCAUCCUCAUCGUCAUCACCAUCAGCACCUACACCAUCAUCAUAGUGUGGUGGAUGAUCAAAUCAUGGCACCGCCCCAGCCUCAACCAAGCUUUGCUGCCACAGCCAGUGUGGUGUCGACCAAAUCGUAUGCUGAGCUGUUGGAAGAGAACGAUCUGUUACAACAACAACUGCGUGCUAUGCGCAUCCAAAUGAAACAUCAAGAAGAGAUGAUUUAUCAUUUACGACAACUGACAGAAUGCAAUGACGAAGUGUAUGGCAAAGCACUUCAUUUAUCACAAAUCAAAGAAGAGGAUUUGAAAAAGAUCAAUAGUCUCAGUAUCGGUGGAAGAAGCAGUAGCCGCAGCAGCAGCACCCACAGCGGUAGAGCGGGUGGAGAUGCCACCUCCGGUAGUUUAUUGAUGACCGCGAAUUUGAACUCGAUCGAUUACAGUCAAAUCGCUCCUAUUGUGAAUGCACGGACGUUAACUCAAAAGUUGGUUCGUUUGGCAGAGACAGUGACGCGAUUCUCGCAAUCCGCGGCCAUCAAUGAAGAAUGGAGUUUGAGACUUGAACAGGUGCUCUAUUUGCGCAUCAUGGAAAGCUAUCUUGGUUCGCUUCCGUUUGGUACGGAAAAUCAGCAUUUACUCAACACAGCUUAUUCUGAUCAAAUUCGUCGGUUCCAUAAUACCCUGGGAGCUAAUUUUGCCAAAUGGUAUCGUCGUCAAACAGUUCAAUCCCUAUCGUUAAACCCGGCCACGAAAGAAUAUUUACAGCAUAUGAGAAGUUAUGUCACCGAACAAAUGCUUGGUAUAGUCAAUACUAUGUUGCAAGCCGCGGCAGCAGCAGCAGCAGCAGCAGCAGCAACAGCAGCUACUUCACCCACCAAAGAGGGUCAUGAUACGGAAGAACAUUCUCUGGACGAUAACGAUGCAAAGGGGAAUAAAGUGGAAGAAGGAGAUGACAUGGAAGAUGUACAACAGAUGACGACGACCCGUGCUACCCAUGAGAAUACAACGACAGCGACAUCCCAACCAACAGCAGCCGUAGCACCGCCUACAGCUGCUUUAUUAGACCAGAAUAAUUUGCACCUUUGGAAUGAAUUAUUAGAGCUCUGCUCUGCUUUGUCAUUAGAAAUUCAUGGCGGAGAUGCUGAUGUAACGGCACAAAUCAUUGCUGUAGGAAGCAAAUACGAUGAAGAAAUCAUGGCUCCUAUUGGAGACGAUUUGAAGAAUACCAAUAUUAAGGAUAAGGCUGUGAAAAUGGUAGUGAGUCCAUUAUUCGUAGACGAAGAUGAAGUGGUUUUAUUGCCUGCUCGAGUAGUGCUUGAAUGAUGAUGAGUGUUUCUUUAUCCAGACUAUUUAGCCCAAAAAAACCAGACUAAAAACCGUCCCCCCCCCUUCCCCCACUGAAUUUUAAACGAGAAAUAUGCCCCGCAAUUUAAACAACCAAUCAUAUGAGGAAAUCUUUCAAUUUUCGCAUGAAUAAAACGGCUUAUGUGUGACCCUGAAAUUGGAACAAAAAAGUAAAAAAAGACAAAAAAAAAGUGUUUUGGUUUCAA